GUUACUUCCAACAUUCCAGCAUUCCAUAUUUUCCAGUAUUGUUAUGACUGAUUCUUUUGUUAUUUUUGCUUUUUAAACAAAAAAUUGAUAUUUGUUAAAUAUACUGCCUUAAACUUGCUCAUCAAAGAUGAAAAUCAAUGAGAAGAAUCUCUACACAUUUGCAAACUCCAAACCAGUCGAUAAAGAAGGUUUUCUCCAGUUCAAACGAGACAUAAAAUUUCAAAGACGAUGGUUUGUGCUUAAAGGCAAUCUGCUCUUUUAUUUUGAUAAGAAAGGUGAUAAAGAACCUUUAGGAUUAUUACUACUUGAAGGAUGCACCGUUGAAUUAACAGCCGAUGAAGACACACAGCAAUAUUGCUUUCAACUUGUCUUUCAUGGUGAAAAUGACAGAACUUAUUAUAUGGGAGCUCAAUCACAAACUGAAAUGGAAAGUUGGAUGAAAGCAUUGACAUGUGCUAGCUACGAUUAUAUGAAACUGAUGGUAGGUGAACUCCAAAGACAGUUGGAAGAAAUUGAUAGCAGGAAUAAAGGUCACUCAACUAAAAACAAACCAGCACCGAAAGCCCCUCCGAGACAAAGACAAAAUCCAUUCAACAAACCAACAAGUUCAACCACUGCAAUUAUAAAUCCAACAACAGAAGCAGCUAAAAUUGAUCCGGAAUCAAACGAAGACACUGAUUUGACAUUUGAAUCAAUACAUCAAGACAUCGGAUCACCGAUUCAAGAAAAUAUCCAAAGAUCUGAGAACUCUGUCUUUGUCAUUUAAUUUGUUCCCAUAUGGAAGUGAUAAUCAAUUCAGUAACACACAAGGCGUCGCCAUGUCUCAUUACAGAGAUAAAUAUCCUAGGAGUUAAGAAUACAUUUAAUUCAAUUAACUCGCAUGUAUAAAGAAAACACUUUAUAUUUGUCUGUUACUCGCUAAUUAUAGUAAUUGUGACCGUCCCUGAAAUUUUAUUUGGUUUUUUUUGGCAAAUUUUUUGGAAGUUUUAAUUGCAUUCACUUUUAAGAAAUAAGAAUUUCAUUCUUCCUACACAACUUAUUUAAUCUUUUUAAUCUUUUCUUCUUUCUACUGCAGUCCAGAGACCUAUGGAAUCGCACUUCUAGAUUAAUUAAAUUUAUUUUCUCUCUCCUUUAUCAUAUUCUUAAUACAAAUAUUCGAAAGUUAACUUUUACUGAUUUGAUUUCUUUAUUUUCAAGGAAGCACUUUUCAAGAAUAUUUAACUUACCGUUGAUUAGAUGUAUGAGAGAGAAAGAGAUUUUUGCUUGCUCAACAAAGUUUAUUUUUAUGACAUGUCAAAUGAUGUUAGCAAAAUGUGUUAAAUUUUAUCAUAUCAAAUAAUGAAUGUAAAUCAUUAAAAGCUUUUAAAACAAAGUAAUUAAAUUCACCUAGAAAGACUUGAGUUGAGAUUUUAAUUUCUUCUUUGACAUUGUGAAUGCCUAUUAAAAAGUUUUAUGUUUUAAAAGAUAUUAAAAACAAAGAAAAUCUGUAAAUAAAAGCUUCAAAUUUUAAAG